GGGUUUGUUGAAUGAUUGAACGGCCCAGAUGGUGUAUGACAGUGUGAGCACAUCUCCACCGCCAAUGAAGUAGUACAUAUACGAAGAAACCCCUUCAAAGUCUCCUCUCUAGCUGCCUUGCUAUCUCUCUCGCUAUCGCUUCUAUACGUACAGCCUAUACGUAUAGUCGUCGAUCUCUGCGAUUUUGAUCGGAAAAGGUGAGCAAACAUGUUUGGGAGGGCGCCCAAGAAAAGUGAUAACACCAAGUACUAUGAGGUUCUCGGCGUCCCCAAAACGGCGUCGCCCGAUGAUCUCAAGAAGGCCUACAAGAAAGCAGCCAUCAAGAACCAUCCCGACAAAGGCGGCGAUCCUGAGAAGUUCAAGGAGCUUGCUCAUGCUUAUGAGGUCCUAAGUGAUCCUGAAAAACGUGAAAUCUAUGACCAAUAUGGUGAAGAUGCACUCAAGGAAGGAAUGGGUGGGGGUGGUGACAUGCACGACCCAUUUGACAUCUUCUCAUCCUUCUUUGGUGGUAGCUCAUUUGGAGGUGGUGGCAGUAGCAGGGGCCGAAGGCAAAGAAGGGGAGAGGAUGUCGUACAUCCACUUAAGGUUUCUCUUGAGGAUUUGUAUCUAGGGACCAGCAAGAAGCUUUCUCUAUCCCGCAAUGUACUAUGCUCAAAGUGUAAAGGGAAAGGUUCAAAAUCUGGAGCAUCGACAAAGUGCUCAGGGUGUCAAGGACAAGGUAUGAAGGUGUCAAUUAGGCAGCUUGGCCCUGGUAUGAUUCAGCAAAUGCAGCAUCCUUGCAAUCAAUGCAAAGGAACUGGGGAGACGAUCAGUGAUAGAGAUCGGUGCCCUCAAUGCAAAGGUGAGAAGGUUGUUCAGGAAAAGAAAGUUUUGGAGGUCCAUGUUGAGAAGGGCAUGCAAAAUGGGCAAAAAGUUACAUUCCCUGGGGAAGCUGAUGAGGCGCCUGAUAUGGUCACUGGAGACAUAGUUUUUGUGCUUCAGCAGAAGGAACACCCUAAAUUUAAUAGAAAGGGUGAUGAUCUUUUUGUCGAGCGCACGCUGUCACUCACUGAGGCACUGUGUGGCUUCCAGUAUAUACUGACACAUUUGGAUGGCAGACAGCUCCUUAUCAAGUCACACCCUGGAGAAGUCCUGAAGCCUGAUUCUUACAAGGCGAUCAAUGAUGAAGGAAUGCCCAUAUAUCGGAGGUCAUUCAUGAAGGGCAAACUGUAUAUUCAUUUCAAUGUUGAGUUUCCUGAUUCGUUAAGUCCGGAUCAAGUCCAGGGCCUGGCGAAGGUGCUCCCCCCGAAGCCUCGAUCACAACUGACCGACAUGGAGCUGGAUGAGUGUGAGGAGACGACCCUGCAUGAUGUUAACAUUGAGGACGAAAUGAGAAGGAAGCAGGCUCAGCGUCAGGAAGCAUAUGACGAGGAUGAAGACAUGCACGGCGGUGGAGCCCAGAGGGUGCAGUGUGCCCAACAGUAAUGGGACUAAAUAUUCCAGGCUUCAGUGCUUGUGUGAAGCAAUAUAAUAUCCUCUGACGGCUGACGGGUAAGUCGUCGUUUCGCCCUCUUAGAGAUCAUUCCCAUGGAAAUCAUCUAGUACAUGGUAUACUGUGAUCUUAAUAUAUAGCUUUUGUGUUUGGUGGAGAUAAUUGAUGUGAGAAUGUAAUAUCUAGCUUUUUGCUGGAAGACUUAUACCAAUAGAUAGUUAUGGAUAAAGAGUUUUGUUGUGGACAAUAACCAUGGAUAUAUAUUUUUCAGUGUUGUUUGUUAUUGUGGAAUAUAUGUUAUUGCAAGAUUUGGUUUCUAA